GAUUUGACGGUUCGGAAGAAGUUCUAAAUACGCGUUGAUUAUACCUGUAAAUUCAAGCCAUGAAUAACGCCGUACAGCUAUGGGAUGGCCACCUAUCUGUUAUUACUCGACCAAUGCCUCAUGUACAGUCUGCAAAUGACGUUAUUGUUAAGAUCACGUACGCUGCUGUGAGUGGAACAGACCUCGAUAUCCUUGAGGGGAAAAUUGAAUGCUCUAAAUCUAUCAUCCUUGGACAUCAAUUCGUUGGAAUAGUGAAGGAAAUCGGAGCUGAUGUUAAACAUGUAACUGUUGGUGAUAGGGUGGUCGUCAAUCCAUACACGAGUUGCAAUAUGUGCGACUACUGUCUCAAAGGACAGCCCUUCUUUUGUAAAAUCGAAGGUAAAAAUGCAACCAUAGGUGUCAAAAGAAAUGGAGGAUGGGCACAGUUUUGCAGACUGUCGGCCAAGAAUGUCAUUCCUCUGCCUCACCAAGUCACUUUUGAGCAAGCCCUAUUCACAGAGCCACUAUCAUGUGUGCUACAUGGUUGGGAUUUACUUGCGCCAGUCAAGGCUGAUGUUGAAAUUCUUAUAUGCGGUGCAGGGAAUACUGGUCUAUUGUGGGCUUCAUUUCUUCAUUUUCGAGGUUACAGAGAAAUCGUUAUGUCAGAUGUAUUAAAAGGUCGUCAACGAAUUGCACAGCAGUUGGAUUUUGGAUACCAAGUUGUAAAUCCUGAUAUCUUAAUUACCGAAGCUAGAAAUGCAAAGAAUGAACAAGAUGAGGAAUGGGGUUUUGAUAUUGUUAUUGAUACAACAGGCGAUCCCAGUUGUUUUGAGCAGAGUUUGAAAUGGUUGCGUCAUGGCGGUAAGCUUCUUCUAUUAGGAGCUUGUUUACCAAGCUCAGAGGUGACAUUGAACCCCCAUGAAAUCUACAAAAAGGAACUCAAAAUCUUGACGUCAAGUUUUAACCCUUUCAAUUUCACCCCAGCCAUACAGGUCAUUAAGGAUAUGGGUGUACGAUAUCUUGAUUUUGAACAGUUAGGUGUACGUACAUUUCAGCUGCAGGAGUAUCUAGCUGCCGUUGAGACCAUGCGCAGUGGAGACAUUUCUAAAGCAGUCUUUGAGUACUAGUACUUUUGAAUUUGAACAAAUGUAUUUUUUUGUAUGUAGACGAUUAUAUUUUGAUUUUUGUACGUGGCCAAUUGACAUUUGAUUUUUGUAUGGUAGUCCAAGACCUUUUGGGUGGAAAUGUCAAAGUAUAUUGGGUGUCUAACUACCCAUUAUAGAACGUUUUCAUGUGACGUCACAGUGGCCAUUAUGGGGUACCAAAACAAUACAUUUUCUAUCCUCCGGGAAUUGAACUCUAUUUUUAUGCAAAUACUGUGCAGAAAGUUUAUAUUGUUUAUGGCUGCCUUCUCACGUGAGUGAAAACACUCUACACUAUAUUAGUAUUGUUGAUCAUAAAAUCCUAUCAUCUACUCCAGGUAUUAAUUUAAUUCAAUUUCUAAAUAUACAUUUUAAGCCUCUCAUUUUGACAAUCUCUACUCACCAGUAAAGAGAAUUAUUU